AUGGCUCAGACAAACUUUACUGAAGAUGAAAACCAGAAAACAUUUACAGAACUGUGGUGCUCAGCGGAAUUUUUAAGAAGUGUAGAUGGCGAGCUUAUUUUCCUUUCAGCUCUAAAUAUUUUUCUUUCCAUCACUGCAUUUCUGGGGAACACUCUGAUCCUAGUUGCCCUACACAAGGAAACUUCACUUCAUCCGCCGUCCAAACUCCUGUAUCGUAACCUAGCGAUAACUGAUCUCUGUGUUGGUAUCAUUACAGAGCCUUUGGCUGUGACUUAUUUGACUUCUGUUGUAAACAGAAGAUGGGAUAUUUGCUAUUACGCGACUCGCGCAGCAGCUUUCUUCGGUAAUACUUUGGGCGCAGUGUCUUUAUUAACAUUGACUGCAAUAAGCUUAGACAGACUUCUCGCCUUGUUGCUGGGGCUCAGAUACAGACAAGUUGUAACUUUGAAACGGAUGUAUAUAACUGUCAUUGGUUUUUGGAUUUUGUCUAUUGCCGGUGCAUCUACUUACUUUUGGAAUCGUUAUAUAUCUUCAUGGUGUCGAUACAUAGUUGCAACUCUGUUUCUAGUCACUUCAAUCUUCGCUUACACAAAAAUUUCCUGUAGUCUACGUCGUAAUCAAGUACAUGUUCAAAACCAUGUUGCUCAAGGACAACCGAACCAAGCAAUUCCACUGAACACAGCCCCAUACAGAAAGGCAGUGUACAGUGCACUGUGGGUGCAGUUAACAUUAAUUGUUUGUUAUCUGCCGUAUGGUAUAGCGGUCGCUUUGACCCCUCCAAAAGAUAUUUCCUUAGCCAUUUACCGUGUUAACGAAUUUACUGUUAUGUUAGUGUAUUUAAACUCGUCAUUAAACCCGUUACUGUACUGCUGGAAGAUCAGAGAAGUGAGGCAAGCUGUAAAAGAAACAUUAAGGCAAAUAUUCCGCUGUUCAAGUUAGGGUACUACAUAUGCUUCCGCUGUAUAGUAAUACUGACUAAAAUUCAUGCGAAAACUGCCGUUUAACCAUAUACAUUUAAUACUGUUGUGAAGUAUUUUCAAAGUUAUUUUCAAAGUUUUGUUUGGGUCAAGGUUAGUCUUGAUUUAGUCCACACAGGCGUAUUUCUGUUUUGACCUUUUGUUUUUACUUGUACUUGCAUUUUUGCUUAGCACGCGGAUUUACUUAAUGCCAUCUUAGUAAUAUUCUUCGCUUGCCAUUGUCAUCUGUUAGUUGUUCUUAGGUGGUAGUGUUUGUGAUGUUAGUGCUGACCUUGGUUCUUAAGUCCCGUUUAAGUUCCUGUUUGGGUUUAUUAACUAGCGUUUUAGAUUUUAAUUGGUUUGUAGCUUCUUACCGAUCGAAUCUAGACUACGAGUAGUCCCCAUUUUUCCUUAGUGAUAGUAUAGCGAGCGAAAAGCGAGUGCGCGUGAAAAUCACCCCACGCCGCGUCUCGCCUUUCUCGCGUGGGGUGGUUGUAACGCGCGCUCGCGUUUCGCUCGCUCUACUAUCCCUGAGGAAAAAUGGGGACUACUCGUAUUCUAGACCGAAACCAUAUAGGUUCAAUAAUACCGAAACAUUACCUACACUAAGUUCACCACGAUUUUAUUCCCACGGUCAGCUAACCCAAGCAUGUCGAACUUUGGCUAUAAAAACCGUUGUUAUUGACUUGUUAGAGAAGAAGAUUGUAGUAGGAGUCGAAUAAGAGUAUUGAGAGUAUAGUUGCUAUAGAAGUCAGGAAGGAUAAAGAUCAAGAUCUAAGAAGUAGACUCUCAGUACUUCAUCGAUUAGCGAGCGAGUUGCUCGAACGGUACUUACUGGACACAAUACUUACUGGACAGGUGUUCUUUUCCAUAAACUGUUUUUCCGAGAGAAAAGAAAAGAGACGUGUAGUCUUAAUGACCGGUUUAAAAGUUACAGGAAGUAUAAUUACUCUCUUAGCCGUGGAAAUCAUUGUUGAAACCGGGUUGUGGAGACUUUAUGGUACCUCGUAAAAGAUCGACGGGAAAAGAGCUUCAAUUAGCUAUCCUGUGCUCAAUACUAAAUUCACGUGACAUGUAGACCAUAUGAACAUGAAAAUUUGGCCAGUUGACCAGUUCAUCAGUUCAUCUACAUCAGUUCUGUACAGGUUGAAGCUCAGAAUAAGUAGCAAAGAUGAAAAUAAGGAAAUGGAAAACUCAUUCACGUUUCAAGCAAAUACCUUCUGAACAUUAGGCAUACAAACAUUGUGCUCAAUUCUGGUGAGAAAAUCUAUUUUAUUCUACGGUCUUCCCUCCUAUGAUCCUUGCAAGGUUCUGCAUGAAACACGAAUUUGUGGUAUAUAACAUGGCGAGGGCUACUGAAGGCAGUAGGUACUGAAUGCACAUUAGUCGUUGCAUUUUGCCCACAACAAGAUCGGACUCGAGCACGAAUGCGUCCGUUUCAGUUUAACCAAAAUGUUUACCCAAGUGAAAGCAAAUUGAUCCACACGGCCACGUAAUAUUUUGCAAAAAAGUGCUUCCAUUGUACAGUGUAACUUAUAUAUUUUACUGCUUGGUCUCUGUGCGCACGUCAGUGAAAGCUGGCGGCGCUUGACUUAUAGCAAUAUGAUGUUGAAAUAGUGGAUACUAAAUAGUUUUACAACAAUUUCAGAGGUAUAGAUCGACCAAUCGAACGUUAACUAAACGCGCGCAAGUCCAACAAACAUGUCAAGCAUGUAAAAGCCUCCUACAUCGCACCUAUUAAGUGAGCGGGGUAGGAGUGCACGGAUUGAAGUAUUUGAAAAGAUGCUUACAGGCUCUGCCCUUCUCUCUUCCCGCCAUUAUUCGCUGGUUCGGUAUUUCACCGCCCGCUCACUUCUUCGCUCGUUCGCGCUGACCGAAACCUGGCAAUGGUUAUGCCAGAGUCGAUAUUGAGCGCCCGUAACGUACGUAUGCCCCGUGACUCAUUCCUUUAAUCUUACGUUUAGCAAUUCCGAGCGACAUUACAAAAAUUCAAAUUUAAACGUAAAAAACCGAAUUAUCUGCGUCAUCAUAACGCCAUUAUUGAGACUAAGUAACAAAUUUUGCGUCUUUACAGAUCUUUAAAACGCAACUAUCCCCACGCCCUUACAAAUCUGAACGUCUUCAAUGAUUUUUAUUCGGACGCCUUCGGAUAUGUUCGGGUUUUAUUCCGAAAUGCUAACCCUCCAUAGAUAAAAAUGUCACUUGUCACUCAAACAAAGUAAGCAGGGGUAGCCUGGGACUAGGCUCCGCAGUCAUGAAGCACCUACAGGGAUGGGUGGAAGAUAGAGGGAGAGGGCUAAAGAAGGUAUAGAUCCACCAAAACCGGAAUUUAGAAACGAGAAGAAGACUGGGGCUGAAAUAUGUCUCUCAAUAUUUUCCGGCAUCGUCAUUGGCGACCGCUCGAGUCAGCGAUUGGUCAAUUUUUUUUCGCUGUCUCUAGUAACAGUUCCAGAAGUCUUUGCGAAACUAAAGUCUUCACAGUUUCCUCUCGUUUCUAAAGUGGCGAAUUGCGGCGCAGCAAAUGAAAUGCAAUGAUUGAAUUAUUUAUAUAUUUUUGAUAUAACCCUUUCAAUUAAAGUGGACUGACGGGUUAUGGUUUAUUCAGGCUGGAAAUUCCUAUUGCUUUUGGUCUUCGACCGCAUGACCUCCAACUUCAUGUGCUGAACGUUUUCAACUUUAUGCUCUAGUUCUCUGUGGAGAAUUGUUACCAUUUUCUUAUUGUUAGAAAAAGCAGUAUAGCGCCCGAUAACCACAAGUGCGUCCUCGAGAAACCUUGCUCCCGUUGAUGCAUUUCGCUAAAUUAAAUAAGCCCCCCCCUCGCUAUUAAGCCCCCCUCAAAAAUGUUACCAAAUGUGUUAUAAAUGAAACCUGAAUUUAACAAGGGCAAUCCUUUGUACCCUAAAGCGAUUACGAAUAAUGAAUAACCAACAAGAACUUAAUAAGAAUAAUGAAUAAUUGGAAGAAACGCCCAAAGAAUAAUUAAUAAACGAGGUUAAAUUAGUAUUCACCUUGACCACCUGAAAAAAGGAGGCUCUGAAGCCGUAAAUAAUUAAAGCCGAUAAAAUAUAGCAACUAUCAGUGGGAUAUAACGUAAGCGAUGAAAAAAGCACCUACAGAGAAAGGAAGAGAGCGUUUAUUGAUCUUAGUGCUUUUAACUGAAUAUUUAUUCAGUGCAACACCAUUAGUAGCCAGCGACCACCGGAAAUACGACUGCUGUUCGCAGGCUACAUAAAUAUUAGUUGCGUGGGUUUUUUCUAAAAAUAUUAAUUCGCUCAUAACGCCGAAAACGGAGCUCCUUUUAACACGUCCGGGUGGAUUGAUAAGACCCGAGGGUUAGACUCCUGUCUUUUAAGUAGCGCGUGAGAACAACUGAAACAAACUUAACGCCCCGGCACGAGUCCUAACAAGGGUUGUUUUCUGUCUAUUUCAAGCUUUAAGUUUUCACCAAACAAAGAAAUUACAGUCGACUCCCGAUAACUGGAACCUUCAAGGAAAAUCGAAAAAAGUUCGAGUUAUCGGGAGCUUGAAGAAAAUAGCCGGGAGUAAGGAAAAAAACAGUUUUCAGUACUGCACAGUGAACAUUUUGAUCACAGUUCAUGAAAUUUUAAGUAAAAAUUGAUACUUCUAGAUUAUAAAUCAGGAUGUAAGUAACAAAACAUUGCCUAAAUAGACUGAAUAGAGCAUGCGUUUUACUGUUUUGAGAAGAAAAGAUGCCUACAACACGUCAAAUUCGAUGUUUCGGACGCCAGUAGACUGUUUUUUUUUUUUUUUGCCCGAGUUUUCAAGUUAAGGGCUUAAAACAUGGUUCGGGUUAUCGGGAGUCAACUGUACGUGCCUUGGCUUUGGUUAACAGUGUAAUAAUUUGCGAAAACAGGAAGAACUAAGAAUGAAGUUACCAUGCGCUUAGAUAAUUACAGUUUACACAAUAAAGAUGCUGUGGGGAAAUACUGAUGUUACUGUAAUUUGUAACGCGCUUACUUGUGAGUAGUUGCACUCACUGGGCACUGUGAAAUGGCAGUCAGUGGACAAAUUUUGAUAUACCGUACUUCUAGCCGAGGUUUCUUUCCGGUAUGGUUUUGCAAAUUUUUUUUCACUUUUUGCCUCCCAUAAAAGAUAAGAAAAUUAUAACCGUUACUGCUAUCACUGAUUAGACCUUUUUACAACCAUCUGACGUCAAGUUGGUUAUUAACCCACAUAAUGCUCGCCCGAGGAAACGAUGAUUCCGCAAGCUUGUAAACUUCGCAGCUUGUGUUCUCUUCUCAGUUAUUAAAAUUUUCUGCCAAAUUAAUUCAAUAUAAUUUAAUUUUUUGCAAUGGACACUGGCAACACAAUAGUUCAUUAAAAUCGUCCGUCGAGUCCAGUUUGUUUCACCUGCGAGCCUGGCCGAUAGGCUACAUCAUAGUUCUAGGUUAGCUUGAGCAAGAACGAAACUUUUCUGAACCCCCCUGCAUUGUUUGGCCCGACGAAGACGUGCGUACUGUUUUCUCACUCACUGCAACUUGUGCGCGCAAUUUACAGAAACACGAUGAUAUUAAUUAAACAACGGAGAAGAAUUAGCGCGUAUCCAGCCUCACGUUAUUAGUGAUAAACACCGGUGUGCGAAUAAUAACAAUUUCCACCCAAAUUAAAUGAGCGAUAUAUAAAUAAAGCCCUCACUUGUCUCUCAUUGCAUCGCAGAGAAAUAUGGCUCAGACAAACUUUACUGAAAAUGAAAACCAGAAAACACUCACAGAACUGUGGUGCUCAGCGGAAUCUAUUAGAAGUGUAGAUGGCGAGCUUAUUUUGAUUUCAGCUCUAAAUAUUUUUCUUUCCAUUACUGCUGUUCUGGGGAACACUCUGGUCCUACUUGCCCUAAACAAGGAAACUUCACUUCAUCCACCGUCCAAACUCCUGUAUCGUAACCUAGCGAUAACUGAUCUCUGUGUUGGUGUCAUUGCGGAGCCAGUGGCUGUGAGUUACUGGACGUCUGUCGUGAAAAGAAGAUGGGAUAUUUGCCAUUACACAAAAUUGACGGGGAGAUUUUUUGGCUUAUACUUCGUGUUUAGUGUCUUUAUUAACAGUGACUGCAAUAAGCGUGGACAGACUUCUCGCCUUGUUACUGGGGCUCAGAUACAGACAAGUUGUAACUUUAAAAAGAACCUGUAUAACUGUAAUAGUUUUUUGGAUUUUUUCUACUGUGGGUGCAUCUGCUGCUUGGUUUUGGAAUCCCCUAAUAAAUUCAAUGUCUCGAUACAUAGUUGUAGCUCUGUGUCUAGUCACCACAAUCAUUGCUUACACAAAAAUUUUCUUCUCUCUGCGUCACAAUCAGACUCAUAACCAUGUUGCUCAAGGACAACCGAGCCAAGCAAUUCCACUGAACAUAGAUCGUUACAGAAAGGCAGUGUACAGUGCACUGUGGGUGCAAGUAACAUUGGUUAUUUGUUAUCUUCCGUAUGUUUUAGCGUUAGCUUUGACGCCUCAAAGAGGGAUGCAUUUAUCGAUCUACAUUGCUCGGAGUUUUACGGCUACCAUCCUUUACUUAAACUCGUCAUUAAACCCGUUGCUGUACUGUUUGAAGAUCAAAGAAGUAAGGCAAGCUGUAAAAGAAACAUUAAGGCAUUUCUUUUGUUGAUCGACUGCAGUCGUUUUCUGUGCUUUCCAGUAUUCAUGCUAUAUAAAAACCGUUCUUCCAAGGAGAAAUCCUCUUUGAACUUGAAUGAUUUUUAACUGUAAUUUUUACAAACGGAUCAACUGUGACGUUUAAUGUGUUCAUCUGAGAGCGUUAAUAGAUCUCAGUGUUUUUCAUAAUAUUUAUUUAGUGCAACACAAAUGGUAGUUGCGUGGGUUUUUGCUAGGAAUCAUCAAAUGUUUAUUCGCUCAUAAAGCCGAACAUUGAGCUCAGACUGGGGCAUUUUAACAUGUCUGGGUUGAUUGGUUAGACCCGGGAGUUAGACGACUCCUUCAAAGUCUUUUAAGUAGCGCGUGGGAACAACUGAUACAAAACUAAUGCACGAGUCAUAAUAAGGGAAUUUCUGUUUAUUUGAUGCGCUAAGUUGUAACCAGAGACAUCACCUGCUUUGGUUUUCGUUAACAGUAAUUAUUUAGGAAAACAGGAAGAACUAAAGAUUAAGUUACCGUGCGUUUCAAGUUGUUUCAAUAAUUAGUUCACACAAAAUUAAUAGAUGCUGUGAAAAUACUGAUGUUAGUAAUUUGUAAAGCGCUUACUUGUGAGUAGUUGCAGGGCAGUGAAAUAGCCGUCACUGGACAAAUAGUAGCCGAGGUUUCUUCCCGGUAUGGUUUUAAGCAUUUACAAAGUUUUUCACUUUUUGCCUCCCAUAACAGACACACAAAUUAAAACCGUUUUGGCAAUCACCAAUUAUUCCCUUUAACAGCCAUCUGACGUUGGUUUUUAACGCAUAUACCGUAUUUAUUCGAAUAAGCCCCCAACCUCGACUUAGCGUCCACCUCGAAUAAGCGCCCAUCUUAAAGGCAGAAAAAGUUAAUAAGCGCCCAGCCUUGAACAAGUGCCCACCCACCUUUCCCCUCCCACCCCAAAAAGUUAAGUGCACGAGAGUAGUACUGUUUAUUAUUUUUUCGCUGGCUUGCCAUCUGUACUGAGAUUCAUUGUCUAAGAAAAUUUUGGAAUUUUCCUCAAAUUUUCUACUCCAAUGUCCAUGUGGGCGCAAAGUUCUUUCAGCCGCAAUAUAUCUAGCCUAUAGAGUGCAGGCGUAUUUUGGGCGGACGAAAGCUGCUUGUUUAUGUUCGUACUGUUGUGACCGCCAUCUUUGAUGUUAUGACGGAGGAAGAUUUGGGAGAGUGAAAAUAGUAACCCUUAGGGUAGGUGCUAGGGCGAAAGAAGGAAAGGGGGGAGGGGGAGGCCCCAUUUUCUCCUGUCUCUUUGAGUUUCAACAUGGCGCUUUCGCGAGCAAAACAUUCGCGCGUCCGAAGAAAACGUUUGCACUGCAGGCUACAAUAUAUCUCGCUCAAACCUCAAGGCAAUAGCUCUGCUCGGCGUUCGCGCUUUGCUCCCGGCUGGGACAACGAUUCCAUUCUCAAGCCUUCUCAAUCGUGAAACUUUUACAGUAAACUUUUUGUUGCAAAAUAAACAUACUACACUUGCUGAAAAUGAUGAAAGUUUAAUAAGCGCCCACUCUCAAGGUCCAAAAAUUUAAUAAGCACCCUGGGUGGUUAUCGAAUAAAUACAGUAACGCUCGCCUGGGAGAAUGGUGACUGCUCAAGCUUGCAAACUUCGCAGCUUGUUAGUGUUCUCUCCUCAGUUCUUAAAACUUUUAUGCCAAAUUAAUACAAUAUAAGUUGUCGAACGUCAAGCUUGCAAUGGACAGGCAACGUAAAAAGUCAUUAAAAUCAUCCGUCGAGUCGAGUUAGUUUCACUGACUUGAGCCUGGCAGUUAGGCUACAACAUAGUUCUAGCAAGGUUAGUUUGAACAACAACAAAACCUUUCUGAACCAACGGCACCGUAUGGCCUCGACGAAGACGCGCGUACUAUUUUCUGACUGACUGCAGCUUUUGCGAACAACUGACGAGAAACACGAUGAUAUGAAUGAAAACACCAGAGAAUUACCGCGUAUCCAGCCUUAGGUUAUUAGUGAUAAACACCGGUGUGCGAAUCAUAACACUUUCCAUCCAAAUAACUUAAGGGAUGAAUGAAUAAAGCCCUCACUUGCGUCUCAUUAGAUCGCAGAUGAAUAUGGCUCAGACAAACGUUACUGAAGAUGAAAACCAGAAAACAUUCACAGAACUGUUCUGCUCAGCGUAUUUUGUCAGAGGUGUAGACGACGAGCUUAUCUUUCUUUCAGCUCUUAAUAUUUUUCUUUCCAUUGCUCCAUUUCUGGGGAACACUCUGAUCCUAGUUGCCCUACACAAGGAAACUUCACUUCAUCCGCCGUCCAAACUCCUGUAUCGUAACCUAGCGAUAACUGAUCUCUGUGUUGGCAUCAUUGUGGAGCUUUUGUAUGUAACUUCUUGUACUUCUGUUGUGAAAUAAAGGUGGGAUAUUUGCUAUUAGGCAAAUUUGGCAGCAGGUAUCGGACAGCAACUUUCUCAGGUUAUACGUUGUGUCUAGUAUCUAUGUUAACAUUGACUGCAAUUAGCGUGGACAGACUUCUCGCGUUGAUGCUGGGGCUCAGAUACAGACAGGUUGUAACAUUACUUUAAAAAGAACAUUUAUAGCCGCAAUUGGUUUCUGGGUUUUGUCCAUCUUCGGUGGAUCUACUUUCUUUUGGGAUCCUCUUAUAACUUCAUGGUAUCAAUACAUAGUUUCAACUUAUUUGUCUAAUCAACCGACAAUCUUCGCUUACACAAAAAUUUUCUUUUCUCUGCGUCAUAAUCAAAUUCAUGUUCAGAACCAUGUUGCUCAAGGACAACCGAGCCAAGCAAUCAGGCAUUGAGCAUAGCUCGAUACAAAAAGGCGGUGUACAGUGCAAUGUGGGUGCAGGUAACAUUGGUUGCAUGGUAUGUGCCGUCUGGUAUAGCCGCGGUCGCUUUGACACCUCAACGAGGGAUGACUUUAUCGUCUGACAAUUUACUGUUACUUUACUCUAUUUAAACUCGUCAUUAAACCCGUUCCUGUACUAUUGGAAGAUCAGGGAAGUAAGGCAAGCUGUAAAAGAAACGUUAAGGCAACUAUUCUGUCGAUAGAGUUAGUUUACUAUGGUUUUCAACUUAAAAUUCUUCAGUGCUAAAAACACUCCAAGAGUGAUCUUAAAACGAAUAAUACAAACUAAUACUUAUUUUCUAUUGCGCCUCCAAAGGAUCUUCAGUCUCUGUCGGAAAGAGUCUCCCCCUCCCCCCCCCUCCCCAUCGCCCCCUCUUUGCACAUCCUAGGGUUAAGUCAUAUGUUAAUAACUGACUUCAAAUGCAUUCGCUUGAGUUUGUACGUAAAAAUGAAAAUAAAACAAAAUUUAACCAACGUGAUCAGUACAAAAAUUGCAGUACAGUUUUUUUUUUUUGAUGGGAUGUUACUGGCUCAGUUCACUUAACGAAGAGUCAUUUUUACCUGAUAAAUUUAGGGAGAUGACAAAACAUUCAAACUCCGCUUUACGGACACCCGCUUAAUACAGACACCUCGUUCUGAUUACGGACAGUUUCCUUUGUCCCUGAUUACAGCCUUAACCAUGUUAACAUUUUCUACAAAUUCAACCCGCUUACGAACACCCAUCCAUGUAGACAACUGUGAAAUGCACUGUUUGUGACCUUUGCGUUGUGACUUAUUUGACGUCUUUUGUGAAAGAAAGAUGGGAUAUUUGCUAUUAUUCACCUCGGACAAGUACUUCUAAACAUCCAUUUUUCAACUGCACUGAAAGCCCUUGUAUAUACUUGGUAAUUUAUUCAAGCUUUUUAGACUUGUCAUCACAUUCGCACGUCAUACGGAUGAAAAAAUAUGACAAUCGUCUUAUUGUUCUUAUUAGGGAACUUAAGCAGAGACGUUUUUGGGCGACGUACGUCAAACUGAAGUGAGGCAUUUUCUCAUUCAAUCCCUAAAUUCUACUAAAAUUGUACUGCUAAGUGUUCUUUCGUUAUAAAGAAGAUUUGCCGAAAGCCCACUUUCGGUUGACGCGCGUCGCUCAAAAACGUCUUUGCUUAUACUCCCCAUUAGCAUAGUGAAAAUGAUGUGCGACUCAUCAUCAAUAUCACAUUCCACUCAAUUUAAAAGAGCGAUAUAUAAAUAAAGCCCUCACUUGCAUCUCAUUUCAUCCCAGAGAAAUAUGGAACUGGCAAACUUUACUGAAGAUGAAAACCAGAAAACAUUCGGAGAACUGUUCAGCUCUGCAGAAUUUAUCAGAGGUGUAGAUGGCGAGCUCAUCUUUCUUUCAGCUCUAAAUAUUUUUCUUUCCAUUACUGCGUUUCUGGGGAACACUCUGACCCUACUUGCCCUACACAAGGAAACAUCACUUCAUCCGCCGUCCAAACUCCUGUAUCGUAACCUAGCGAUAACUGAUCUCUGUGUUGGUAUCAUUGUGCAACCUUUGAAUCUGGCCCAUUGGAUUUCUGUGGUGACGGAAAGAUGGAGUAUUUGCUAUUACGCACUUCAGGGAACACGUUUCUCAGGUUAUACUUUGUGUGCAGUGUCUUUACUAACAUCGACUGCAAUAAGCGUAGACAGACUUCUCGCGUUGUUGCUGGGGCUCAGAUACAGACAAGUUGUAACUUUGAGAAGAACAUGUAUAACUGCAAUCGGUUUUUGGAUUUUGCCCAUGGUCGCCUCAUCAACUUUAUUUUGGAAUUCUCCUAUAAGAUCAUGGUGUCAAUACAUGGGUACAGUUCUGUGUCUAGUCACCACAAUCUUCGCUUACACAAAAAUUUUCUUUUCUCUGCGUCAUAAUCAAAUUCAUGUUCAGAACCAUGUUGAUCAAAUAGAACCGAGCCAAGCAAUUUCAUUGAACAUAGCUCGAUACAAGAAGGCGGUGUACAGUGCAAUGUGGGUACAGGGAACAUUGGUUGCAUGUUAUGUGCCGUAUGUUAUCACGGUAGCUUUGACACCUCAACGAAGGAUGACUUUAUCGGUAUACCUCUCUAGACAAUUUACGGCUACCUUAUUGUAUUUAAACUCGUCAUUAAACCCGUUGCUGUACUGUUUGAAGAUCAGAGAAGUAAGGCAAGCUGUAAAAGAAACAUUAAGACAACUAUUAUGUCGAUCGAGGUAGGUUAUAAUGCACUUCAACUUAAAAUUCAUGCUAAAACCACGAAUCUUAAAACGAACCAUACACAGUGAAAUACUUUGAGUCCAUUGCACCCCAAAAGGAUCAAUGAGGGAAAUAGCGGCGUCCUCCCCCCUCCCCGUCGCCCCCUCUUUGUACAUCCUAGGGUUAAGUCAUAUGUUAAUAAAUGAAUUCAAAUGCAUUCGCUUGAGUUUGUACGUAAAAAUGAAAAUAAAACAAAAUUUAACCAACGUGAUCAGUACAAAAUUGCAGUACAGUUUUUUUUUUUGAUGGGAUGUUACUGGCUCAGUUCACUUAACGAAGAGUCAUUUUUACCUGAAAAAUUUAGAGAGAUGACAACACAUUCAAACUCCGCUUUACGGACACCAGUUUAAGACAAACACCUCGUUCUGAUUACGGACAGUUUGCUUUGUCCCUGAUUACAGUCUUAACAUUUUCUACAAAUUCAACCCGCUUACGAACACACUGUUUAUGAACUUUUGGUUUUGACUUAUUAGUCCUCUGUUGUGAAAGAAAGAUGGGAUAAAUUUCUAUCACGCCAAUUUGGCAGAAAACGUUUUAGGUUAUACUUUAUGCUCAGUGUCUUUAUUAACACUGACCGCAAUAAGCGUGGACAGACUUGUUACAUUGUUUUUAGGGCUCAGAUACAGACAUGUUGUUUCUUUGAGUGGAAAUACAAGUACGCAUCAUUCCGUACAGGGGAGAGGGAGAGGAAGUUAAUAGAUAUCAGUUCAGAAAUAUGAGCAUCAGCGAGCAUCGGCAUUGUUGCGUAGAGAAACGAUAGGUUUUUUCUCCCAUACAAAUCCUUAUAUUUUGAAUGUUACUUAACAAUGUCGAUGCCCACCGGUGCUCAUAUUUCGAGCUUGGGCUACCUGUGAUAUAUAGUGCUACAAAAAUAAAAAUUAGUUCCGUGGGUUUUUCUAGAAAUGUUAGUUGUUCGCUCAUAGUAGAGCCGAAAAUUGAGCUCAGCCGUAAUUACAACAUGUCAGGCGGAUUGAUUGGACUCCCUGUCUUAAAAGUAGUGCGUGGGAACAACUGAUACAGAGAUCAAUACACGUGUCAUAAUCCAACCUAAUUUUAAGGUUGUUUUCUGUCUAUUUGAAGCUUUUAGUUAUAACCAAACACUGAGUCAUCACCUGACAGUGCAAUAAUUCAGGAAAACUGGAACAACUAAGAAUUACUGAGUCACCAUGCACUUUGAAGAUUAGUUUACACAAUAUUGAUACGGGAAAAAACUGGUAAAAUAAAUAUUAAUAUGGAAAUGCAGUGCGCUGCAGUGAAAUGGCAGUCAGCGCACAAAUUUUUAUAUACCCUACUACUAGCCGAGGUUUCUUUCCGGUAUGGUUUUAAGAAUUUAAGACGUUUUUUACUUAGUUGCCUCCCAUAACGGACACGAAACUUAAAACCAUUGUUGCUAUCACUAAUUAAACCCUUUUUCGGCCAUGUGACUUCAAGUUGGUUAAUAAUACAUAUAGCACUAGCCUGUAAUGUACACUAAGUUGUUAUACGUCAAGCUUGCAAUGGACAGCUAACAUGCGGGGGCACCCAACGAGAAUAUAGUUCAAAACCACUUUAGCAUAGCAUUGUUAAAGAAGCUGUGUCACGAAAGAUCAGCCAAAUUAGGUAAUCACAAAAUGCCCGUUAAAUUAAGAGAAACCUAAAAAUAACCGCCUUAAACAUUAAAGGAAGGUGAAAAAUAACAUAACAGAAACAACAGAUGCCACGGAUGGGCAAAACUAAAGAAGAUGAAACAGAUUGAAAUUAGGGUUUUUGAAAACUGUUCAGCCUAACAGUUUUUUAAAGUUUAUCUCUGUUGUUUGCAACUUCAAAAACGAUGCUUAGGAGACAUAUUUGAUUCUCUCGAAUCUCUGAUUUUGUCAUUUACAUGUAAUCUUCUUUGCUUACUUUAAGUUCCAUACCGAUUGAGAGCUAGACUGAGACGAAACUGAGUUAGACAAAAUAAACUGGACUGCCGUGACACAGCUCCUUUAAACGUAUUUUAGUAUUUAAACCGUAGAUAUAGGCAUAUUUUCAUCUGUUCGGAUCUCCUAGCUGAAAGUCUAGUGAUCCGAAAAUUAUAGGGAUUAGAACUUACCUUUUCCAAAAUUUCAGCCAAAAAAAAGGCUCCCGAAAAUUCUAGGUGACCUUUUCAGGGUAAAAAUCCGUUAAAAAUGGGCAAUUAUACCAUUUUUUAGAUGUUCGAAAGUCCUAGGAGAGGCAGGAAAGCAAGAAAUUUUACAACAAAUGCUCCGAAAAUUGUAGAUCUCAAAUCGUCUUCCGAACAGAUAUUUUUACAGGUACCCCAAGCUCGAAAUAUGAGCGUCGGCGAGCAUCGGCGAGCAUAUAUAAGGAUUUGCAUGGAAAAAAACCUAUCGUUUCUGUAACCUACGAAAAUGAAAGGAUUUCAGUAAACAGCUUACCUUACUUAAAAUGUGUGUUACGUCUCUCCUGUGUGGUCCACGGGCCGAUUUAUGGCCGUUUUAUGGGUUUUUAUGUAAACGGUUUUCUCUCUGUAUAAAACCUUUAUAUAGAGAGAAAACCGUUUACAGGAAAGACGUAACACACAUUUUUAGUAAGGUAAGCUGUUUUUUAUUGAUAUCCCUUUCAUUUUCUUAGGUUAACAAUGCCGAUGCUCUUAUUUCGAGCUUGGGCUACCUGUGAUAUUUUCCGAAAAUUGACGUUGGGUGCCCCUGAACAUGAAAAGUCAUUAAAAUCACUGAUCAGUCGAGUUCGUUUCACCUGGGCCUGGCACAGGGCACAUCAUAGUUCAAAGUUAGCUUGAACAACUACAAAACUUUUCUGAAUCCCCGGCGCCGUGUUGCCCCGGACGAAGACGUGCUUACUGUUUUCUGACUGACUGCAGCUUUUGCAAACAACUGACAGAAACACAAAGAUUUAAAGACCAGACUAGAAUUACCGCGUAUUCAGGCUUGAGUUACACUCUUUUUUUUAUAAGAAUGUUGUUUUCCCUGGCCAGGCUGAGUAUUCUUAUUUUUCCGCCGAUUUUAGGCUGUAAAUAUUCUUCAGGAUUAUUCUUAAUAAUAGCUUAUGACAUUUCCGUUUUAGAAUAUAUUGGGGUAUCAAUUAUAGUUUUGUUUAAUAUAAUUAGCUAGUUUUGCGGUUUAAAGAAAGGAAUAAAUUGAAAAGGUAUAUUUGUAUUGUAUUUACACAUUUUCACCUCACAAAAUUAUAUCCUUCUCAAAAUCUCAGCCUGAGGUUUAUUCUUAAAGUAUUCUUAAGAUUUCGCAAAUUUCAGCCUCGAUAUUCUCAUAAAAUAUAUUCUUAUGGAGAAAACGAGUGUAUUUAUUUAGCGUAUUGAAAAUGAUGUGCGAAUCGACAUCAAUAUCACUUUCCACUCAAUCUAAAAGAGCGAUACGUAAAUGACAUGGUAAAGCCCGGACGUACACCGGAAACCUCGUUUCAUCCAUCACAGAGAAAUAUGGCACUGACAAACUGUCUAGUAAUGAUAUAAACAGCCUUAAGUUAAUAGUGAUAAACUUGUGCGAAUCAUAUCACUUUCCGCCAAAUCAAAAGAGCGAUAUUUAUAAAAUAAAGCCCUCACUUGUACCUCAUUUCAUCGCAGAUGAAUAUGGCUCAGAUAAACGUUACUGAAGAUGAAAACCAGAAAACAUUCAUAGAACUGUUCUGCUCGGCGGAGUUUAUUAGAGGUGUAGAUAGCGAGCUUAUAUUUCUUUCAGCUCUUAAUAUUUUUCUUUCCAUUACUGCAUUUCUGGCGAACACUCUGAUCCUAGUUGCUCUACACAAGGAAACGUCACUUCGUCCGUCGUCCAAACUCCUGUAUCGUAACCUAGCGUUAACUGAUCUCUGUGUUGGUAUCAUCGUGGAGCCUUUGUAUGUGACAAAUUGGACUUCUAUCGUGAAAGAAAGAUGGGAUAUUUGCUAUUAUUCACUUCGGACAGCAACUUUCUCAGGUUAUACUUUGUGUGUAGUGUCUGCAUUAACAUUGACGGCAAUAAGCGUGGACAGACUUCUCGCGUUGUUGCUGGGGCUCAGAUACAGACAAGUUGUAACUUUGAGAAGAACGAGAAUAACUGUGAUAGGUUUUUGGAUUUUGUCCAUCGUUGGUGCAUCUACCAUUAUUUGGAAUCUACUUAUUUUCACAUGGUAUCAAUACAUAGUUGCAGCUUUGUGUCCAGUCACCACAAUCUUCGCUUACACAAAAAUUUUCUUUACUCUGCGUCAUAACCAAAUUCAUGUUCAGAACCAUGUUGCUCAAGGACAACCGCGCCAAGCAAUUCCCCUGAACAUAGCUCGAUACAGAAAGGCAGUGUACAGUACACUGUGGGUGCAGGGAACAAUGGUUGUUUGUUAUCUGCCGUUUACUAUAGCGGUCGCUUUGAUGCCUCAAAGAGGGAUACCUAUAUCCGCAUAUCGUGCUUGGCAUCUUACAGCUACUUUAGUGUACUUAAACUCGUCUUUAAAUCCCUUGCUGUACUGUUGGAAGAUCAGUGAAGUAAGACAAGCUGUGAAAGAAACAUUAAGGCAACUCUUCUGUAGAUCAAGUUAGUUUAUUAUGCUUUCAGCUCAUGAAAAAUCAUACUGAUAAAUAACUACAAGUACCGAUCGUUUCCUUUAUUCAUGUCUUAUCAACUGCCGUUUAAUUGGUCGAGCUUGCUUUAGCAGAGCGAGAAUCUAAAACUUCAGCCGUUUUAAUUUUUUUUCCGUCGGUCUUCCCCAAAUGGUCGGCCAUGGUCCCAGAGGUUCCUAGCGGAGACCGAGGAAACUGGGGAUAAUAAUCGUGACGACUUCCCUUGUAAUAAUAAUAAUAAUAAUAAUAAUUAUUAUUAUUAUUAUUAAUAUUAUUAUUAUUAAUAUUAUUAUUAUUGUAAUAUUGAAACGAGUGUCAGCGGUUCUUAAAGCAUCUCGCAGACAAGAUAGCUCAGAAAGACACCGAGCCUUAUCGUGUUGUAAUCACUUGGCUCAGGACACAGAUCUCGUUUGAACUCUUAAGAUCGGUACAUGCAUGCGUCAGAGGUUCGCGAACGCCGUUUCCUAGCAAGAUAGAGCAAUCAUUAGACUGUAAAAUAAAAGUCGCUAGUGCGGAUAUCUAAAAUACGUGUCUAUAUGCUUUUAUACUUAGGGUUUUUUAUGGACACUGGUUUAGCCGUCAUUAGUAUAAUUCGAUUGUAUGAUCUUGAUAUCUCUGCAUAAUGGAAUUCUUUAUUUUAUAGAAUUUUGAGCUUUGUUAUUAAUUAUAUCUAUUUCCUCUUCUUUUAUGUAAGGUUAAGUUACUUCUAUUUUUUAGAAUUUGUAAAUGAAUAGUUUCUUUCUUCACUUAUUAUAUAAUAGGAUUGUUAUUGCUCUCUAAUGAAGGCCGAGGGGUUUCUUUGUAACGGAUGGAAUUGUAGAUAGUGUUUUAAUGAAUUAGAUUUUUUGUAACAGCAGGUUGAUUGUAAAAAGGAUUUUAAUUGAGGUUUUGUAAUAAAGAUUUUACAAUAAUAAUUAUUGUUAUUAAUAAUAAAUAAUAAUUUUAUUCAACUUUAAAAAAUAUGUACAUAAUUUACAGAAAUAUUUGAAGUAAGAAUUAAGCACUUUGUAACAUUAACAAUAGUAUAAAUUGAUAAAAAUAGCAAUCACUGUGUCAAUAAUGAUUUCACAAAUACGUUCCUUGCGGUUCAGAUGUGGUCACUAGCUCAGUUGCAGGCCAGAGUCCAGAGUAUUAAAUUAAGUCAUUACAAAUCCGUCUCUGAUAUUAAAAGGAAAGAUAAGUUAAAAAGAAUAAAAAAAUAAUAAUAGUAAUAAUGAUAAUAAUAAUAAUAUUCAUUAACCAAUCUUUAUUUAAGUAUUAGAACAAUAAGUAAUAUUUACAAUUUUAAACUAUAUUGUAUUGUUUACAAAUUAAAAACUAAAUAUAUGUCCACGAUAGAUAAACUAUUUACAAUUGUGAAUAAUUUAAAUGUGGGAAAACGAAAAUUAAGCAUUACUAAGAAAAAAACUAUCAAAAAUCUAGGCCUAGAAUUAUGAGAGCAGAUGUAGACCAGCUACAGCGAAAGUGAAGUCUUCUGAGACCUCACGCGAUUUCGAUCGAUAUCUAGAACCUCUGACGCAUCAGUGUACAGUUCAUAAUAUAGGAAAUGAGAGCUGUAUUCGAAGCCAGGAAAUAACGCUGGCGUAGGGUUCAUUGUUCUUAGUCAAAAGCUUAUUUGCGAGAGUUUCUAAAAAGUGCUGAGAGUCGACAGUCAUUGCUUUUAUUACGCAUUUUAACAUUGAAAAAUAUGAUCAAAUGCGCAUAACUCUCGAAUCUCUUUAUACUAAAGCUUAAUCAUUUGUUACAUUUCCUUUCUAAUAGGUAAUUUAACAUAACUCAUAACAAGUAACAAGUAGAAAGAGAAGAUAAAAGUAGAAAAUAAAAACCUUAGAUAGCUCAAGACAGGUUGCAUUAGACCUCUUUAAAAUAGUGCGUCUUAAUGAGUCUCUUAAACAUAUCCAAAAUCAUUCUCUUUCCUAAUAUAGUCCGUUAAACCGUUCCAUAUCUUUGGAGCAGCUGCAGUAAAUGAUCUGUCCCUAAGAGUGCAUUUAACCUUAGCGGUAGGGUCUUGCAAAAUAAUGCCCAGAUUACUCCGCAGGCUAUAGCAAGAACAUCGUUUAAUAUUUAUAAGAUUUAUACUUAAAUACGCAAGCCCCAGAUUGUAAAUAGCCUUGAAAGAGAUCACAGUGAUUUUAUAGCAAAUUCGGAAUUUCACCAGUAACCAAUGCAGUGCAAGCAGCACUGGGUUAAUAUGACCGUACCUGGGUGUAUGGGUGAUAAGGUCGCGCUGCGGAAUUCUUAAUCGAAGACGUUGCAAUUUGGAAAGAUGCAAAGCUGUUACACCAUAGAGAAGACCGUUGCAAUAAUAAAUGCAUGCCAUGAUCACGCCUUGUACAAGCCGUUUGGUGGAAGCAGGAGUCAAGAACUUCCUAGUUUAUCUGAUAUUAUGCAGGUGAUAGUAGAUUGAUUGAAAAGUCACGAAACCCGGGAGUCGGAACACGUUCGUGUUUUGGACCUCGGAAUCAUUGCUAAUCAUUCCUAGCCUGAAUAGCAGGCGCUUGGAAGUAGUGGGCGAAAGAAAGAAAGGGCGCGCGCGAGGGAGACACGCGCGGGGUGAGGGAGCAGUGAAAUGGCAGCCGUAAUUAAACAUGUCAGGCGGAUUGAUUGGACUCCCUGUUCUAAAAGUCGUACGUGGGAAAAACUGAUACAUAGAUCAAUACACGUGUAAUAACCCAACCUAAUUUUAAGGUUGUUUUCUGUCUAUUUGAAGCUUUUAGUAGUAACCAAACAAAGACAUCUCCUGACAGUGCAAUAAUUCAGGAAAACUGGAAGAACUAAGAAUUAAGUAGCCAUGCGCUUUGAAGAUUAGUUUACGCAACAUAGAUAUGGGGAAAAACUAGUAAAAUAAAUAUUGAUAUGGAAAGCCUGUAAUUACGAGAAUAGCUUGCGAGUAAAUGCAAUGCAGUGAAAUGGCAGUCAGCACACAAAUUUUUAUAUACCCUAAUACUAGCCGAGGUUUCUUUCAGGUAUCGUUUUUCAGCAUUUAAGAAGUUUUCCACUUAGUUGCCGCCCAUAACGGACACAAAAAUUAAAACCAUUGUUGUUCAAGUUGGUCAAUAAUGCAUAUAACACUCGCCUGUAAUGUACACUAAGUUGUCACACGUGAAGCUUGAAAUGGACAGGUAACAUAAAAAGUCAUUAAAAUCACUGAUCAUUUCGCAGUUCAUUUCACCUGAGCCUGGCACAGGGCACAUCAUAGUUCGAAGUUAGCUUGAACAACUACAAUACUUUUCUGAACUCCCAGCACCGUAUCAGCCCGACGAAGACGUGCGUACUGUUUUCUGACUGACUGCAGCUUUUGCAAACAACCGACAGAAACACAAAGCUUUAAAGACCAGACUAGAAUUACCGCGUAUUCAGCCUUGAGCUACACUCUCUGCUUUUUUAUGAGAAUGUUGUCAGUUCCCGGGCAGGACGAAUAUUCUUAUUUUUCCGCCGAUUUUACGCUGUAAAUAUUCUUUUAUUAUUCUUAAUAAUAGCUUAUGACAUUUCCGUUUUAGAAUAUAUUGGGGUAUCAAUUAUAGUUUUGUUAAAUAUAAUUAGCUAGUUUUGCCGUUUAAAGAAAGGAAUAAAUUGAAAAGGUAUAUUUGUAUUGUAUUUACACAUUUUCACUACACAAAAUUAUAUCUUUCUCAAAAUCUCAGCCUGGGGUUUAUUCUUAAAGUAUUCUUAAGAUUUCGCAAAUUUCAGCCUCGAUAUUCUCAUAAAAUAUAUUCUUAGAGAAAAAAAGAGUGUAUUUGCAUAUUGAAAAUGAUGUGCGAAUCAUCAAUAACACACCACUCAAUCUAAAAGAGUGAUACUAAUUAAAGCCCUUUCGUACACCUCGUUUCAUCACAGAGAAAUAUGGCACUGACAAACUUUACUAAAGAUGAAAACCAGAAAACAUUCAAAGAACUGGUCUGCUCGGCGGAGUUUUUUAGAGGUGUAGAUAGCGAGCUCAUCUUUCUCUCAGCCAUAAAUAUUUUUCUUUCCAUUACUGCAUUUUUGGGGAACACUCUGAUCCUAGUUGCCCUACACAUGGAAACUUCACUUCAUCCGCCGUCCAAACUCCUGUAUCGUAACCUGGCGAUAACUGAUCUCUGUGUUGGUAUCAUUGUGGAGCCUUUGCAUGUAACUUAUUGGACUUCUGUUGUGAAAGAAAGAUGGGAUAUUUGCUAUUAUUCACUUCGGACAGGAGCUUUCUCAGGUUAUACUUUGUGUGUAGUGUCUGCAUUAACAUUGACGGCAAUAAGCGUGGACAGACUUCUCGCCUUGUUGCUGGGGCUCAGAUACAGACAAGUUGUAACUUUGAGAAGAACGAGAAUAACUGUGAUAGGUUUUUGGAUUUUGUCCGUCGUUGGUGCAUCUACCAUUAUUUGGAGUCUAUUUAUAACCACAUGGUAUCUACAUAUAGUUGCAGCUUUUUGUGUAGUCACUAUAAUCUUCUCUUACACAAAAAUUUUCUGUACUCUGCGUCAUAACCAAAUUCAUGUUCAGAACCAUGUUGCUCAAGGACAACCGAGCCAAGCAAUUCCACUGAACAUAGCUCGAUACAGAAAGGCAGUCUACAGUGCACUGUGGGUGCAGGGAACAUUUGUUGUUUGUUAUCUGCCGUUUACUAUAGCGGUCGCUUUGAUGCCUCAAAGAGGGAUACCUAUAUCCGCAUAUCGUGCUUGGCAUUUUACGGCUACCUUAGUUUACUUAAACUCGUCUUUAAAUCCCUUGCUGUACUGUUGGAAGAUCAGUGAAGUAAGAGAAGCUGUAAAAGAAACAUUAAGGCAACUCUUCUGUCGAUCGAGUUAGUUUAUUAUGCUUUUCAGCUGAAAAAUCAUACUGAUAAAAGUACCGAUCGUUUCCUUUAUUCAUGUCUUAUCAACUGCCGUUUAAUUAGUCGAGCUAGCUUUAGCAGAGCAAGAAUCUAAAACUUCAGCCGUUUUUUUUUUUUCCGUCGGUCUUCCCUAAAUGGUCGGCCAUGGUCCCAGAGGUUCCUAGCGGAGACCGAGGAAACUAGGGAUAACAAUCGUAACGACUUCCGUUGUAAUAAGAAUAAUAGUAAUAAUAAUAAUAAUAAUAAUAAUAAUAAUUAUUAUUAUUAUUAUUAUUAUUAUCAUUAUUAUUAUUAAUAAUAAAUAAUAAUUUUAUUCAACUUUAAAAAAUAUGUACAUAAUUUACAGAAAUAUUUGGAGUAAGAAUUAAGCACUAUAUAAUAUUAAGAAUAGUAUAAAUUGAUAAAAAUAGCAAUCACUGUGUCAAUAACGAUUUCACAAAUACAUUCCUUGCGGCUCAGAUGCGGUUCGCACUAGCUCUUGCAGGCAGUCCAGAGUUUUAAAUUAAGUCAUUACCAAUCCGUCUCUGAUAUUAAAAGGAAAAACAAGUUAAAAGAAAAAUAAUAAUAAUAAUAAUAAUAAGUAUGUGUAAUCAAAUGGUGACGAGUGAAAUUAGGGAAUAAUUUCAUGCGCGUUUUGUCCAAUCCUUAUAAUUUCCCGAGCCUUUAGGCGAAUCCUUCUUGAUGUGCUCUUUUGUGUGUUCAGGUUUUCUAAAGCGUCUUUUUAUGCCCUGACAUCUUCAUUCAUGACAUUUUAAAACUUCGCUGCCAUCUUGAAACGGAGACGUACGGCUGGUUGCCAUGGCAAUUUAGUAAUUUCGCAUGUGAAAUUACAAAUUAACGCUGAAAUUUCGCGCCAAAAUUAAGGAGUAAUUCGUUCCCUAUGAUAUUAGUAUAGGUAAUAGCAUGAUUUGUAGUGAUAUUUGGCAUAAAUACCACGAGUGAUAUUUCGAAAUUGUUAUACGUAAUUUUUCGUAAUUUGAGACAAUUUUGAAACAUCACGAGUGGUAUUUAUGCCACAUAUCACGUACAAAUCAUGCUAUUAUUUGUUUAUACUACUACCCACAAAAGGUUUGUAAUUUCCACAUGUAGGUAUUUCAAAUUAAGCUGAAAUACCACUGCUCUAAGCCAAUCAAAUUAAAGAAAUUUCUGAUGUAGUAGUAUACUAAUAAUAAUAUGCAUUAACCAACCUUUAUUUAAGUAUCAGAACAAUAAGUAAUAUUUACAAUUUUAAACUAUAUCGUAUUGUUUACAAAUUAAAAACUAAAUAUAUGUCCACGAUAGAUAAACUAUUUACAAUUGUGAAUAAUUCAAAAGUGGGAAAAGGAAAAUUAAGCAUUACUAAGAAAAAAACUAUCAAAAAUCUAGGCCUAGAAUUAUGAGAGCAGAUGUAGACCAGCUACAGCGAAAGUGAAGUCUUCUGAGACCUCGCGCGAUUUGGAUCGAUAUCUAGAACCUCUGACGCAUCUGUGUAUAAUUCAUAAUAUAGCAAAUGAGAGCUGUAUUCGAAGCCAGGAAAUAACGCUGGCGUAGGGUUCAUUGUUCUUAGUCAAAAGCUUAUUUGCGAGAGUUUCUAAAAAUUGCUGAGAGUCGACAGUCAUGGCUUUUAUUGCGCAUUUUAACAUUGAAAAAUAUGAUCAAAUGCGCAUAACUCUUAAAUCUCUAUAUACUAAAGCUUAAUCAUAUGUUACAUUUCCAUCCUAAACUAACUCAUAACAUUAAGAAGUAAAAAUAGAAGAUAAAAGUAGAAAAUAAAAACCUUAGAUAGCUCAAGACAAGUCGCAUUAGGCCUCUUUAAAAUAGUUCGUCUUAAUCAGUCUCUUAAACAUAUCAAAAUCAUUCUCUUUUUUAUAUAGUCCGGUAAACUGUUCCACAUCUUUGGAGCAGCUGCAGUAAAUGAUCUGUCCCUAAGAGCGCAUUUAAACUUAGCGGUAGGGUCUUGCAAAAUAACGCCCACAUUACUCCGCAGGCUAUAGCGAGAACAUCGUUUAAUAUUUAUGAGAUUGCUUAAAUACGCAAGCCCCAGAUUGUAAAUAGCCUUGAAAGAGAUCACAGCGAUUUUAUAGCAAAUUCGGAACUUCACCGGUAACCAAUGCAGUGCAAGCAGCACUGGGUUAAUAUGACCGUACCUGGGUGUAUGGGUGAUAAGGUCGCGCUGCGGAAUUCUGAAUCGAAGACGUUGCAAUUUGGAAAGAUGCAAAGCUGGUACACCAUAGAGAAGACCGUUGCAAUAAUAAAUGCAUGCCAUGAUCACGCCUUGUACAAGCCGUUUGGUGGAAGCAGGCGUCAAGAACUUCCUGAUUUAUCUGAUAUUAUGCAGGUGAUAGAGUCGGAACACGUUCGUGUUUUGGACCUCGGAAUCAUUCCUAAUCAUUCCUAGCCUGCGUAGCAGGCGCUUGGAAGUAGUGGGCCAAAGAAAGAAAGGACGCGCGCGAGGGAGACACGCGAGGGUUGAGGGAGCAGUGAAAUGGCAGCCGUAAUUAAACAUGUCAGGCGGAUUGAUUGGACUCCCUGUCCUAAAAGUAGUGCGUGGGAAGAACUGAUACAGAGAUCAAUACACGUGUAAUAACCCAAACUAAUUUUAAGGUUGUUUUCUGUCUAUUUGAAGCUUUUUGUUGUAACCAAACAAAGACAUCUCCUGACAGUGCAAUAAUUCAGGAAAACUGGAAGAACUAAAAAUUAAGUUACCAUGCGCUUUGAAGAUUAGUUUACACAACAUAGAUAUGGGGAAAAACUAGUAAAAUAAAUAUUGAUAUGGAAAGCCUGUAAUUACGAGAAUAGCUUGCGAGUAAAUGCAAUGCAGUGAAAUGGCAGUCAGCGCACAAAUAUUUAUAUACCCUACUACUAGCCGAGGUUUCUUUCCGGUAUCGUUUUUAGCAUUUAAGAAGCUUUUCACUUAGUCGCCUCCCAUAACGGACACAAAAAUUAAAACCAUUGUUGCUAUCACUAAUUAUACCUUUUUUCGGCCAUCUGACUUCAAGUUCGUUAAUAAUGCAUAUAACAAUCGCCUGUAAUGUACACUAAGUUGUUAUACGUCAAGCUUGCAAUCGACAGGUAACAUGAAAAAUCAUUAAAAUCACUAAUUAGUCCAGUUCGUUUCACCUGAGCCUGGCACAGGGCACAUCAUAGUUCGAAGUUAGCUUAAACAACUACAAAACUUUUCUGAACUCCCGGCACCGUAUCAGCCCGACGAAGACGUGCGUAAUGUUUUCUGACUGACUGCAGCUUUUGCAAACAACCGACAGAAACACAAAGCUUUAAAGACCGGGCAUUCAGCCUUGAGUUACACUCUUUUUUUAUAAGAAUGUUGUUUUCCCUGGCCAGGCUGAAUAUUCUUAUUUUCCCACCGAUUUUAGGCUGUAAAUAUUCUUGUAUUAUUCUUAAUAAUAGCUUAUGACAUUUCCGUUUUAGAAUACAUUGGGGUAUCAAUUAUAGCUUUGUUAAAUAUAAUUAGCUAGUUUUGCCGUUUAAAGAAAGGAAUAAAUUGAAAACGUAUAUUUGUGUUGUAUUUACAGUUUUUCACCUCACAAAAUUAUAUCCUUUUCAAAAUUUCAUCCUGGGGUUUAUUCUUAAAGUAUUUCUUAAGAUUUCGCAAAUUUCAGCCUCGAUAUUCUCAUAAAAUAUAUCCUUAGAGAAAAAAAAAAGUGUAUUUGCAUAUUGAAAGUGAUGUGCGAAUCAUCAAUAAUACACCACUCAAUCCAAAAGAGCGAUACUAAAUAAAGCCCUUUCGUACACCUCGUUUCAUCACAGAGAAGUAUGGCUCAGACAAACGUUACUGAAGAUGAAAACCAGAAAACAUUUACAGAACUGUGGUGCUCAGCGGAAUUUUUAAGAAGUGUAGAUGGCGAGCUUAUUUUCCUUUCAGCUCUAAAUAUUUUUCUUUCCAUCACUGCAUUUUUGGGGAACACUCUGAUCCUAGUUGCCCUACACGGAGAAACUUCACUUCAUCCGCCGUCCAAACUCCUGUAUCGUAACCUGGCGAUAACUGAUCUCUGUGUUGGUAUCAUUGUGGAGCCUUUGCAUGUAACUUAUUGGACUUCUGUUGUGAAAGAAAGAUGGGAUAUUUGCUAUUAUUCACUUCGGACAGGAGCUUUCUUAGCUUAUACUUUGUGUGUAGUGUCUGCCUUAACAUUGACGGCAAUAAGCGUGGACAGACUUCUCGCCUUGUUACUGGGGCUCAGAUACAGACAAGUUGUAACUUUAAGAAGAACGAGUAUAACUGUGAUAGGUUUUUGGAUUUUGUCCAUCGUUGGUGCAUCUACCAUGAUUUGGAGUCUAUUUAUAAACACAUGGUAUCUACGCAUAGUUACAGCUUUUUGUGUAGUCACUAUAAUCUUCGCUUACACAAAAAUUUUCUGUACUCUGCGUCAUAACCAAAUUCAUGUUCAGAACCAUGUUGCUCAAGGACAACCGAGCCAAGCAAUUCCACUGAACAUAGCUCGAUACAGAAAGGCAGUCUACAGUGCACUGUGGGUGCAGGGAACAUUUGUUGUUUGUUAUCUGCCGUUUUCUACAGCGGUCGCUUUGAUGCCUCAAAGAGGGAUACCUAUAUCUGCAUAUCGUGCUUGGCAGUUUACGGCUACUUUAGUUUAUUUAAACUCGUCUUUAAAUCCCUUGCUGUACUGUUGGAAGAUCAGUGAAGUAAGAGAAGCUGUAAAAGAAACAUUAAGGCAACUCUUCGGUCGAUCGAGUUAG